CUUCUCAGCAGAAGCGUCAAAAUUGUGAUUGAAGCAGCGAGCGUUCUUGUGGAACGGCUUGAGGCUCUCAGCGCUGAGUCGCUUACUCUUUCUGUUGCUAAUUACGCCUACACCCCCUCGUACAGCAAGUAUUGCGCAAACCGCUCCAAUCGUGAAUCAUUUUUCCCGUAUAAACAUCAUUCCUUCGCUCGGUUCGUUCUACAAGCACGUAGCACAUCCCCUCUUGAAGACCAGUCGAGUCUCAGCAGGAGUGUCGCUGCUAUAUUCUCGAGCUCGUCCGCUUGCUCGGCUCGACGUGCACAAGCAUGUCGUCCAUCCCAGCAACCUUUCGCGGGCUACGAGCUGCCUCGCGCACUCUCUCCACAAGUUGCGCAUCCCAUCGCUCUCUGAGCACAAGCACCGCUCAUCAUUCCCAAACUCCCAGCGAUGCCUCGGCGACCAACAUCAAUAACCCCUCGGAGAGAGAAGCGUACCGACUUGAAGCGCAAGCAGCCGAAGAGAAGAAGCGUCUGAAGCGGUGGAAGAGGCGUGCACAACUCACAAAGGAUCAAAAGCUGAGAAAAGCAAUCGACUUGUACCACCUGUCCGAAUCCUUCUUUCCAAAUCCCAAGUCCAAGGUCGAAUCUCCGAGCAGCGUCGAAGGUCAAGUUGGAGGUCAAGGUCAGAGCGAAGCGGGUUCCGCAACACGUCCCUCUGCGCCCAAGUACUCGGGCAGCUCGAGACAGCUUUCGGAGCACGAAGAGGAGUUGGAUUCGCGAAUCAGAAAGGACAUGUUGAGUCCACUGACCCGAUCGGUCAAUCAAGGAGGUCGAACAUCCGACCUACUCUUCAAGACCUCUCUUGCUCUUCUCACUGAGCGCGAAGCGCGUCGCACCAAAGCAGGCUCAGGGUUCGAUCCGCACGUGGAUCCCGAUAUGGACUACGAAUCCUGGAACGGCACUUCCUCCUCUUCCUCUGGUGGUCAAUCCAAAUCCGUCUUUGGCGAUGGUUCAUUCGGAAACUCUUCAGAAGCUCUGGCUAGCUUGGAUGCUGUUCUCGGUCGAUCAUCUCGAUCGAGCACCACCGACACAUCGGUCAGUGCUCAGGUCGAAGGAUCACCCACCGCCAUUGCAGCUUUUUCCAAUCAGGCAGAGAUUCAAGAGAGAAGCAAGUGGCUUUCGUCUGGCGUCAACCUGAACUUUGAUGCAGAGGAGUUGUCGGAGCGCGACCUAAGAGUGAGGGACGCGCUAUUCGGGACAGUCAGGGGCAGCAAGCCCGGUCUGGAAGUGAUUAGGCAGAGAAUCAGAAGACGCAAGCAGAUGAUGGAAGAUGGGGGAGGUUUGGAGGGGCAAGGCACAUCGUAAUGGAGAAGGGGCAGUGGGAGAAGAAUGCUUGGUCGCAAACGCACGGGCAGCUCGCUGGAUGGAAAGACUGCGGCCCCAGAAGUUGCAAAAUAGCAGACAGAUGCUCAUAUCGGUGGUGCAAGCUUCUAUUCGGCAUUUUGGAGAGGCUGUGAAGAGUACUGUACAACACUAGAUGGAAGCAAAGGGUUUCUGAGCAGCCGGCAAUGAGAUCUGCUUUGUGUUCUGCGCGACUA